CUGUCACGCUGAUUACAUUUCUCCCUAUUUUAGGAACUGCUGGGGCCCGGAGAGCUGAGAGCGAAGUGAGAGAGCUGUAGCAGUGAGAGUUGGAGUGUGUGAAACGAGUGGCUUUGAGUUGAGAAUUGAAUAAAGAGGAUUAUUGAAACGUGACGCAGAACUGUCUCCUUGUGUGUGCGCGCGUCGUAACGGGGAUCAGUAACAGAGUGUUACAGUGGCGCCCAGCUUGCCGCUACGAUAUGUCAAACCCACAGAACCUCCAGUCAGCUCAGAUACUGGUUCAAAUGAUGGCCGAAUUGGCGACCUUGCAGCAGCAGCAGGCGGUAGUAUACCGGCGUCAUCUGGAAGACCUGCAGGCCCAGACUGAGCAGCAGACACGGGUGCUACAAAACUUUUUGGCUCAGUUUGGGGCUGCUGCGAAUCUGCCCCAUCUAGACCGGCUGAAACUCUCCUCACAAGACCAACGUUGCCGGUUCUGUGGUUGCCGCAUGGGAGCAAGAUCGCCGGCAGGGGAGGGAGAACAAAACUCAAACCAGGAAACAGUCAUUCCUUUUCAAUGUAAACAGGAACAUGAACAAGCAGCUGGUUUGGUUAAGGUCUUGCCAUCCACAAGUGAUACAGGAAAGAGAAAAUCAGACCUUCAAAGUGACCCCAGCAGGUUGCAGUCACCAGCUAAGCGACAGCGUCUGUCUAUGCCAGGAUUUGAAGAAGCAAUCAUAUUUUCUGAUGUGAAAAGCAUCAUGAAAUUUGUACAUUCCAGACUAAAUGACCAAGACAAACUCAGUGCUUUCUUAAAGAAAAAGAUCAGUGAUUUGGAGACAGACAAGAGGGAGCUGGUUGGUGUCUUUGGUAAAACUGGGGCUGGAAAGAGCUCUUUGAUAAAUGCCAUCAUCAAAGAGAAGAAUCUUUUACCCUCAGGAAGUGUCAAUGCCUGCACCUCAGUCAUGAUCAAAGUGGAAGCUAACACACGUAGCUCAAAGUAUGAAGCAGAAAUUGAGUUCAUCACAAAAGAGGAGUGGCGUGAUGAGUUGUGGUCAUUUCGUCAGUUUCUUGACAAUAAUAAAAAUCAGGAAAAGGAAGAUGAUGAUUAUCAUGAUGCUGUUGAAAAGCUGUCAGCACUUUAUGGACAAGAAUGGAGAAGAUCCUUUGAAAAUCCCAUGGACAGCAAAUAUUUCAAAGAAAUUCCAGAAUUUCUCCAAUCCAGGCGGAAGAUGUUGACAUAUGAAUCAGCUAAUGAACUUUCUGCACAAUUUGUCAAGUACACAAGAAGUGAGUCAAAACAAGGAGAAGGUGAUGAAGGAAAAAAGUGGUUUUGGCCACUAGUGAAGUGUGUGACUGUCAGGGUGCCAAACAAUCCUUUUCUCCAGCAUGUCACACUUGUGGACCUUCCUGGAAAUGGUGACUGUAACAAGAGCAGAGAUCAGAUGUGGAAAGGGAUUGUUGGAGAUUGUUCUACUGUGUGGAUUGUGACUGAAAUUAACCGAGCAGCAUCAGAGAAAGAGGCCUGGGAGAUCCUGGAAAGUGUCAGUAGUCUGAUUGGAAAUGGUGGCAAAUGUCAGCAAAUUCAUUUUAUCUGCAACAAGUCUGAUCUUCUUGAUGAUUCUGAUGAUCUUUCAUCAGCUGAUAUCCAUGAUCGAAUAGUUAAAAGAAACAUUCAAGCCAAGGAUGGAGUAAGGAAAGAAUUCAACAAACGAAGCAAGAUUAAGAAACAUUUCCAUGAUGACAGUUUCAGAGUGUUCACAGUGAGCUCCAAAGAGUUCCUAAAAGGGAAGCAUCUAAGUCCAGAAGAAACUGAAAUAACCAAACUUCAGGGAUUUUUGCAAGAGCUCAAUGACUGUCACUCUGAGACAAUAAACUAUGUUAAUGGAGCUUAUGGGAUUCUGUCUUUGAUUCAAGGAGCCAACUCCAGAGGAGUGGGUGAUAAAAAAGGCAGGAUUUGUGCAAAACUUGAGAUAAUCAUGAUCCUCCAACUUGAUAAUGUCAGAAAAGAAAUGGAAAAGACCUUUCUGGCUUUCGAAAAAUGUCUUGCUGAUGGCGUUGAGAAAUCCAAACGUUCAUAUGGAGAAAAACUCAAGAAUUUGUUGUAUCAAGGAAGGAACAGUGGUUUUUGUGGGGUACUGAAGCAGGUUGUUGAGAAUGGUGGUGUCUACAAACCAAAAAAAGGGAAGCUAAUUAACCUUAACAUGAAGUUGGCUUCAUGUCUGACUGACAGCAUUGAUGAAGAAUUCAGAAAGACCUUCCUAAAUGACUCAGAAUGUGGAGCAUUCAAUGGAGUCAUCAAGACAUUUUCACUUAACACUGAUUCUCUGAUUGAAAAGUACAAAAAUACUGAACUGCAGCUCAGAUUUCUCAAGACAGAGGAAGAAAAAAUGAAGGCAAAACUGAACAGAAUCAUCCGGAAACAGAAGAAAAAAGUCUACAGCAGUCUGACAGAGACAAUUGAGAACAUUAUGGAAGAAGGCUACUGCAAGGCUGCAGAAUUUAAAGGAGAAGGCAUGCUGUACUGCAUGAGGGAGACUAUUAAGAACCAUGUGCACUCAAAGAAGGACAUGUUUGAGCAGGCAAAAAAUACCAUGUUGGAGAAGUUGCACGAUUUGAUGGAAAACAUCCUGGACAUUCUGGAGAAAACUACGAAGGAAUCCAUUAAAUGUUCAUUCAAAACUGAUGGGAGCUUACUUCCAGAUGUUUCAACAGAGCUUGAUAUGGUGAAGAAACAUUAUGAUCAACUUGCAGGCACUCCAGAUGAUGAAGUGUCCCUUACUGGAUUUGCUGACUGGGUAGAAACAGCAGAAGCCUGGUCACAAACAGGUUUUCCCAGAGGAAGUGCGGAUUAAAACAAAACAAAAAAAAAAACAAACAUCUAAUUUGGUCUCAGUAAUUUUUUAUUUGUUUUCAUUUGGUCUUUUUAAAAGUUGUUUGGUGAUAUUUGACUUUGAUUUUGAGUAUGUCAUUACCAGUGAUUUUGGAUUUUUAUUUCUGUAAGACAUGUAUCUUGUAAUGAUUCAAAUCUUGAGGCUGACAAAGAAGUUUGAGGAAAAACUGCAAGAAAUUUACAUCACAUCACUCUACAUAUAUUUCAAAUCUAUUUUAAUCAUUUUAUUUUAUGUGCUUAGUUAUGGUUCAUCCAGAUGACAAUGGCAAUUAUAUAGCACAUUUCAGUACAUGUAAAAUCAGUCUACUUAACACAGAAGAUAAAAACAUGGUAACACUUUAUAAUACAGCCCACAACUAAGGCGUAGUUCCCCUGUAAUUAAAUGGAAUAUUGAUGUAUUUUAUCUAAAACUACAAUUAAAAUUGUAAUUUUAUUUACCUACAGAUAUUUAACGGUAGGGAUUUCUAAAAUGUUUAGAACUAUAAUGUAAUGACUCCUGCAAUUUAUCUUGUAAACGUUGAUUGGUCAGUUAGGGUAAGUAGCUCCAUCUCCAUGCAGCUGCAGGACUAGUUUUAUCUCUUUACAUUGUGUCCAUCCUCAAUUGUUUAAUUUCAGUAGUUCUUUUCACUAUGGAAUUAAUUGUCUGAUUGUGAGGUGAAAAGUAGUUUUUCAUCUCAACCUUUCACACACAAAUAUGUGUUUUUUGAAAGGUUUUCAUACAUUAGAGCCACAGCAGAGGGUGUUUGUUUUGAAAUUAUUGAUUUAUUUGUAAGGUUAGAGUUUCUGUUUUUUUUUUAAGGACACAUUCACACUUCUUGUCAUGCUCUUUAUUUGUUGCUUCCUUGCUCCCAACAACCUUUCUAAACUGUCAUCUGUGUUUAUUCUUCACAAAAAAUAUUGAAAUGCUA